AUGAUGGGGAAACGAAUUUUCCACUGUGGGCCACAAGGUACCGGACUUGCAGCAAAGCUGGCGAACAACUAUCUGCUAGCUAUUAGCAAUAUUGCAACUGCCGAGGCCAUGAACCUUGGAAUGAAAUCCGGUCUUGACCCAGCUGUUCUUGCCCAGAUUAUCAACGCCGGAACUGGAAGAUGCUGGUCGAGUGAAGUGAAUAACCCAGUUCCAGGUGUUCAGAGUGCCGCUCCAGCCUCAAGAAAGUACAAGGGGGGCUUCCUUGUGGGUCAUAUGAACAAGGACCUUCGUUUAGCAAUUGCUGCUUCUUCUGAGGCAAAGGCUCCCUUGCUUUUGGGACCCAAGGCUGAAGAAAUCUAUACAACUUUAGAGAAUAAUCAGGAGACUAGAAGCUGUGACUUUUCUGUUGUUUACAGAUUGUUGGAUGAAGGUGUUUGGUAUGAAACAGCGGCAUCCAAGAUUUAA